AUGGACAAAGAGUCCAUGUCACCCAAAUCGACACAUAAACCCGCAUCGAUUCUGCCUCUAUCCAAGGCACUUCUGGACUUUGUCCAGUUCCCACCUGAAUGGAGGGUGGGGAGUACAGAACAGAUAAUCGCCAGACUAGAAGUCUGGGAAUCGAUAAGGAAGACCAAGGCACACAGUCAGUGCCUUGGGAACCCCAGAUCUGGGGGACAACCAUCAUCGCAUGGACUUAACAUGUGCGAUAUUUCCCAUCCUUCUUUGGAUAUGCGGGAGCAGAGGGGAUUCUCCCAGAAUAUGGUGGAACGGCACCACAUCGGGCCACAGGAUGACCACCCGCACUCAGGGCCAGGUUCAUCAGGUGGUGGGAGGUGGUCUAGCCAAUUACCCUUUGGGAAGUCACCCAUUGCCUGUCAUAUCCCGGAAUCCCAACCCUGCACACUCCCACCACACCACACCUUCCUAACAACUUCACCAUCCCCUACACCAUGCCUCCCCACUCCCCAAGUCACCUUCCCUCCUGACUGUCUCAGCUCCGGUCUAGUUGCAGCACACUGA